CCUCGCUCUCUCGCGCUGCGGCCGUCCGCGCCUCCUCGGCCGCCUGCCCGGCAUGAAGACCAAGUUCUGCAACGGGGGCGAGGCGGAGCCCUCGCCGCUCGGGCUGCUCCUGAGCUGCGGCGGCGGCGGCAGCGCGGCCCCGGCGCCCGGCGUGGGGCAGCAGCGCGACGCCGCCAGCGACCUCGAGCCCAAGCAGCUGGGCGGCCCGCAGCCGCCGCUCGCGCUGCCGCCGCCGCCGCCGCCGCCGCUGCCGCUGCCUCCGCCGCCGCCGCCGCCGCCGCCGGCCGACGAGCAGCCCGAGCCUCGGACGCGGCGCAGGGCCUAUCUGUGGUGCAAGGAGUUCCUGCCCGGCGCCUGGCGGGGCCUUCGCGAGGACCAGUUCCACAUCAGUGUCAUCAGAGGUGGCCUCAGUAACAUGCUGUUCCAGUGCUCCUUACCUGACACCGUGGCCACCAUUGGCGACGAGCCUCGGAAAGUGCUCCUGCGGCUGUACGGGGCGAUUUUAAAGAUGAGGUCCUGUAAUAAAGAGGGAUCCGAACAAGCUCAGAAAGAAAAUGAAUUUCAAGGGGCCGAGGCCAUGGUUCUGGAGAGCGUUAUGUUUGCCAUUCUCGCAGAGAGGUCGCUGGGACCCAAGCUCUACGGCAUCUUCCCCCAAGGCCGCCUGGAACAGUUUAUCCCGAGCCGGCGAUUAGACACAGAAGAAUUAAGUUUGCCAGAUAUUUCUGCAGAAAUAGCUGAGAAAAUGGCCACAUUUCAUGGUAUGAAAAUGCCAUUCAAUAAGGAACCAAAAUGGCUUUUUGGAACAAUGGAAAAGUAUCUGAAUCAAGUCCUGAGGGUCAAGUUUGCCGGGGAGCCCAGAGUGAAGCAGCUCCACAGACUCCUCCGCCACAACCUGCCUUUGGAACUGGAGAACCUGAGGUCGCUGCUGGAAUCCACCCCUUCUCCAGUUGUGUUUUGUCAUAACGACUGUCAGGAAGGUAACAUCUUAAUGCUGGAAGGCAGAGAGAAUUCUGAAAAGCAGAAACUGAUGCUCAUCGACUUCGAAUACAGCAGUUAUAAUUACAGGGGAUUUGACAUUGGGAAUCAUUUCUGUGAGUGGAUGUAUGACUAUAACUAUGAAAAGUACCCUUUCUUCAGAGCCAACAUCCUGAAGUACCCCACCAAGAAACAGCAGCUCCACUUUAUUUCCAAUUACUUGGCCGCAUUCCAAAAUGAAUUUGAAAACCUCAGUAAUGAAGAAAAGUGCAUUAUAGAAGAAGAGAUGUUGCUUGAAGUCAAUAGGUUUGCCCUUGCGUCCCAUUUCUUCUGGGGACUUUGGUCCAUCGUACAGGCCAAGAUUUCUUCCAUUGAAUUUGGGUACAUGGACUAUGCCCAGGCAAGGUUCGAUGCCUAUUUCGACCAGAAGAGGAAGCUUGGGGUGUGAGUGUGGGAGGCGCCAGCGGCUUCAUCCCUGGACCGUGCAGGGGCGGCCGAGCCAGAGGGGCCCUCGGUGCUCCGACUGCCGUA